CAAUCACCAUGGUGGUGUGGGUGACGUAGUUCCGUCAGCUGUUCUUGUUUUUUCGCUUCAGUUUAUUUUCCUCCGGGCACUGGAGGUCCGACCCGAUCAGAGAACCGCUCCGACACCGAAUCUGAGCGUUCAUCGCCCGGCGAGAGCCUCCACCCUGGCCGCUGUCCCACACACCUCGGCCGCUCCACUUUCCCUUUGAGCUGGAGCCGUCCUCCGCCGCAGAGAUCGAGGGAAGCGGAGAAACAGAUCCCGGGCCUCCAGUCCAGUUCGGAGGGGGGGAAGGAGGUCGCUGGGAAGCGGGAUGGAGGGCGCGGACGGAGCGGGCGAACCGGGCCGGCGCCGCCAGUUCGGCUGCGCCUCUUUCAACCAAGACUCCACGUCACUGGCGUUGGGAACAAGGAGUGGCUACCAACUUUUCUCUCUGACCUCGGUGGAAAAACUGGACUGCAUCCAUGAGAGCGCAAACACUCCAGACGUCUACAUCGUGGAGCGUCUGUUCUCCAGCAGUCUGGUGGUGGUGGUGAGUGCUGCCAUGCCGCAACGGAUGAACAUCUAUCACUUUAAGAAAGGGACGGAGAUUUGUAACUACAGUUACCCCAGCAGCAUCCUUUCCGUCAAGCUCAACAGACAGAGGCUGGUGGUGUUCCUGGAGGAGUCCAUUUAUGUCCACAACAUUAAAGACAUGAAACUUCUCAAGACUCUGCUCGACACUCCGUCCAACCCCUCAGGACUCUGCGCUCUGUCCACCAAUCAGUCCAGUUCCUACCUGGCAUAUCCUGGCAGCGUCACGUCUGGGGACAUCGUUGUUCAUGACACCAACAGUUUGAGCACCGUGGCCACCAUCCCGGCCCAUGACAGCCCGCUGGCAGCGCUUGCCUUCAACGCCUCUGCCACUAAACUCGCCAGCGCCUCGGAGAAGGGGACUGUGAUCCGAGUCUUCUCUGUUCCUGAAGGCGAGCGUCUAUUUGAGUUCCGCAGAGGCAUGAAAAGGUAUGUCAGCAUAAGCUCCUUAUCCUUCAGUUUGGAUGCCCAGUUCCUCUGCGCCUCCAGCAACACAGAGACUGUUCACAUCUUUAAACUGGAACAACUGGGAGCAAGUGCGGAGGACGAGGCGGCUACCUGGACAGCUUACAUGGGGAAGAUGUUUUCUGCGGCCAGCAGCUACCUCCCUGGUCCGGUUUCUGGCAUGAUGAGCCAGGACCGGGCUUUCGCUACCGUUCACCUCCUCUCAUCUGGUCAGAGGAACGUUUGCACCUUAGUCACGAUCCAGAGGCUCCUGCGGCUGCUGGUGGCCACCGCCGACGGCCAGCUCUUCAUUUAUAAUGUGGAUCCACAGGAUGGAGGCGAGUGCCAGCUGGCUUACAAACACAGGGUCGUUGGUGUUGAUGAUGAAACGCACGGUGAAGAGAUGAAGUCAGAGGGGGCACAGCUCACACAGGAAACACACUCCUCUCCAUCUUAUGCAGAAACUGCUGCCUUACCAGCUUCUGGUCAUGCUACUGCAACCCUCACUGGUUACUCUGAAGACGGUGGUGCGAAACAGGGGGACGUGAUUCCUGAGCACGAGUUUGCUGUGGGGCCGGUGUGUCUGGACGACGAGAACGAGUUCCCUCCUGUGAGCAACCAGAAGUGCUGACUAUCAGCCGUAGACUCUCACUGCAGCUGAUUAUCCAUUCUUGCCGCAGCGGGACUGGAGAUGGCCAGGGCUGAGUGUGGAGAAGAACAGAGAGACAGACGGGCGUCAGCCGGCGAGGUGAACAGAAGAAAUCCGUUCUCAGAAUUUCAGGGAGGCAAAUAAUUCCAGCAUGAAAAGAGGGAAACAUCUGAAGGUCACACAGUAAGGAAAACAAGCUGGGAUGUCAUUUCAUCUGAGAAUGAAAAUGUUUACUCUGGAAUACCUGUUGAAAACAAAAGACGUGGAUAGAGUUUGGAACGCUGAAUGACCAACAAGUCUGACUUUGCUGGAAACAUGAGAUGCAUGCUUGAUAGGAAAUAUAACCACAACUUUGAUUUUAUCAUUACUUGUCAAAUAUACAGUUGACAUGCAUUAUUGUAGCAGAAUUAGUUUUGCCUUAUCAUUUCAAUUUACAUAUCAGGUUUGUAUUGUAAAUACUGUCCCGUUUCAUCGAAUGCAUUCAGUGUUUCUGUGUAUGCCUGCUGGAGGACCUUCAGCCGGCAGAUAACUACUCUGUUUCGUUGUGCCUCAUAUUUUUUUUUGUAAAAGUAAAAUGUAUUUUACUAAUUGCACAAGACCAAAAAAAAA